GCCGCGUGACGUCACGGCGGCGCGCCGGGAGCGGCGGGAGCGGCGCGGGCCGCCAUGUGCCAGGCGCGGGAGGACUACGGGCGGCGCGGGCCGGGGCGGCGGGCCCCGCCCCCCAGCUCCCCGCGGACCUGCGCCAAGUGCAAGCAGGGCUCAGCCGCCCUGGUCAUCCGCGUCGGGGAUGCCUUCUGCCGGGCCUGUUUCCGGGAAUACUUCGUGCACAAGUUUCGGGCCGUGCUGGGCAAGAACCGCGUCAUCUUCCCCGGAGAGAAGGUGCUGCUGGCGCUCUCCGGCGGGCUGGCAUCCAGCGCCAUGCUCCGACAGGUCCAGGAGGGGCUGAGCCGGGAGACGGCCAAGAGGCUCCGCUUCGUCCCCGGCCUCGUUUACGUCGACGAAGGAGCCGUGUGCGGGCAGAGCGCGGCGCAGCGGGAGGAGAGCCUGGCCCGCGUGGAGGCCAUGCUGCAGGCCACCGGCUUCCCCUACUACCUGGUCCACCUGGAGCAGGCCUUCGACCUGCCGGGCUCCAUCCUCCGGCGGGGGCCGCGGGGCGGCGAGGAGCCCUGCCCCGGUUACAAGGAGGCCGUGGAGGACUUCAUCCAGCAGCAGCGGCAGGAGGUGGCCGUGGCCGACGGGGACGGAGCCGCCUCCCUGCCCCGGCGCCUGGCCGGGCUCCGCACCCAGGACGUGCCCGCCGGAGGGGAGCCGGCGGCCCCGGGCGCCCAGCUGCCCGCCGCGGCCCGCACCCAGGAGCUGCUGCGGCUUUUCGAGGCCGCGGAGACCCUGACGGCGAAGGAGGAGCUGCUGCAGAUGCUGCGGACGCACCUCAUCCUGCACACGGCCAGGACCCGGGGGUACACCAAGGUCAUGAUGGGGGACAGUUGCACGCGUGUGGCCGUCAAGCUCCUCACCAACCUGGCCCUGGGCCGCGGUGCCUUCCUCGCCAUGGACACGGGCUUCCUGGACAGCCGCCACGGCGACGUGGCCGUGGUGCGGCCCAUGCGGGAGUACAUGGCCAAGGAGAUCGCCUUCUACAACCACUUCUUCGGCGUCCCCACUGUCAUCACGCCUGCCCUCCGCGCCAAGCGCCGCGAGAAGACCAGCAUCCACCGCCUGAUGGAGGACUUCCUCCUGGGGCUGCAGGCAGAGUUCCCCUCCACCAUCAGCACCGUGUACCGGACGGGCGAGAAGCUGAGCACGGCUCCCGCGGAGGUCGGCUCGGAGCCAGGCGCCGAGCCCCAGCUCUGCCUGCUGUGCCUGUGCGCCCUGGACACCCUCGCGGAGGAGGACUUGGCCCUGGAGCCCACCCUGAUCGCGGAGGAGGCGGCGCAGGGACCGGCCGGGGACGGCUGCUGCCACGCAGGGACGCAGGGAAGUUGCUGCCGGAGCUCACCGACGCCGGGGGCUGAGAGCAGAGCUGCCUUCCUCCCACUGCUCUGCUACAGCUGCCGCCUCACCUUCAAGGAACUGGGCCACCCGGACACGCUGCCGCCCUACGUGCGCUCGGAGGCCCAGCGCAGGAGCCGCAGGGCCGAGAUGAAGCAGCAGAUCCAGGAAUUCCUGCUGGAGGACGAUGACGACGAGGACCCCAGCGAGAGCUGAUGAGCACGGCCCCGGCUUUGCCUCCUGCUGGGGACGGACCCCGGUCCCUCUGGGAGAGCCUGGCAGGGCACGGUGCCACCCCCACGGACAGCCAUGGGGACAUGGCCCCUGCGCCCCAGGCUGGGCUCACCAGCACACCUUGUAGGAUGGUGAGGGACCAGAGCCAAGGCUUGGGGACAUGCUGGGUCACCUGCUGUGACACCUGCUGCCCAGGCAGCUGCUUUUAAACGCAAUUUAAAUUAUUCGGUCAGCAGCAGGCGGGUCAGAGAGCCUCGUGUCCCCAGCUGUGCUCAGUCCGUGGGUACCAGGGUGGCCCUGGCCCCACCAAGCGACCCCCUGCUCCCAGCCCCAGGAGUGCGUGAACCGGGGAGGCCUCAGCUUUGUUUUAUUAUAUAUCUGUAUAAAUAAACCAUUUGAAUUUAAAAAAAAAA